AUGGUUAAAUUUGAGGCUAUAAUGUUGGAGGAUUUUCUAAGGUGUUCAGAUUUGACUCCUAGAGAGGUCAGGAAAAAGGUACUGCAACAAAUAAGUGGUUUUCUUGAAUCAAUGGGAAAAAGCAUAGCUUCAUUUGGAUUGGUUCCGAAUGAUCUAUCAUCCUUUGAUGUUGAGAACCAAACAAGGGAAUUGUUACCUGAAAGAAGCAUAACAGUUCGUGAAGAAGAUCUGAAUGCAAUUUCUUUGCUUAAUGAAAAACAAAGGCAUGCAUUUGAGAUCAUAUCUCACCGCGUAUAUGAGAACAAAAGUGGGGCCUUUUUUGUAGAUGGCCCUGGAGGCACUGGAAAAUCAUUUCUCUAUAGAGCGUUGCUAGCUGAUGUAAGGUCUAAAGGGUAUUUAGCACUAGCAACAGCCACUUCAGGAAUUGCUGCUUCUAUACUACCAGGAGGUAGGACUGCCCAUUCACGAUUUAAAAUCCCAAUUGAUCUUUUAGAAGGCAGAGCAUGUAGAGUUAGCAAACAAAGCAGCCUGGCAGCAAUGAUUAGAGAAUCCAAACUCAUUAUCUGGGAUGAGGCUCCUAUGUCAAAAAGAUCUGCAAUUGAAGCAUUAAAUGAUCUAUUGCAAGAUCUUAUGAACUCAUCAGAAAUAUUUGGUGGAAAAGUUGUCAUCUUUGGUGGCGACUUUAGACAAACAUUGCCAAUUGUUCGCAGAGGAAAUCAAUCUGAGACUAUUAAUGCUUGCAUAAUAAAUUCUCCUCUAUGGCCUUCUCUUGAAAAAUUGUAG